UUGAAGUAGACGAUUUUGAUAAUUAUUUAAUUAUUUUGUGUUAAUUUACUACAAUUUUUGUUAAGAUAGGCAUCAUUUGUCUUUGUUAAGUUGAUUUUUUAGCUUAGUUGGUAUUAUAACCAUUAUAACGAUUAUUAUAUAAACCAAAACCAUGGCUGAUUCGUGCGUGGAGACGCCGGAGGCACCGGCCUGGUUGUCAAAGUUAGAAAGUCAGAGGGAAAAAUUGAGUAAAGCUCGUCUCGGUCACGACAGCGGCGCCGGCGCGCCCUGUAAUUCAUGUGGUUCAGGUUGUCCUGGCUUGGAUUUACAUUUCUGGCGUAAGGUUUGUAGAGCCUGUCACUGCAGUAAGGAUGUGCAUGAUGUCCAAGAUGAUGAUUUGUCAGGAUGGGCUCAGUUUGAGCUACUCGGCACUGCUAAGCCGAAAAAAGCUACAUUGCCCCUUAUUAAAAUCCGAGGUGUAACAGAUAAGCCAGUGAAACUCGAUUGGGUACCACCAAAUGCCUCAACAGAAUUGGUAUCAGAAUAUAUGUCAUGCCUUGGUCCACUGGCUCCAGUUUCGGGUUCAGAAGCAGCCAAAAAACGUCGCGCACAACUUCGCACACAGUUGCCACCACAUGAUGUAGCCCCUGCUGCAAGACAUCAUGCUUCUGAUCAAGAGAAAUCAGAGCAUACGGAAUAUAUCACUCGAAUAAAAGACCAUGUGGUUGGCAUGGGUAAUGUAGUAAGAGUUGGUCCUCUUCAAAAUGGUGAAGUAUACUCUGUUGAAAGCAGCAAAUCUCAUACUGCCACAAACAACACAAAAUCUUAUGCACUGCCAUUGAAGAUAUCAAACAUAUCAAGAGGAGUUAAGUACAAUAUAGUGCCUAAAAAUGCUUCUGAUAAGAAACUUAUGCUGGAUUCACAAGGUAACAUUGUCAGUAAUGCUGCCAAUUUGCCAGAUUAUAAAUCUAGUGCCAUACUAAGCAGAAUUGUAAAAGAUAAACUUCAUGUAAUGAGAAUAGAAUCUGACAGGAUAAAAAGUGCCGUUGAACAUGGUCCUGUUUAUGAUAAAUUGUUUAAGAACUUAAAUGACUUAAGUUUGCCAAUUUCUAAUGAUGUUUAUCUUCAGCCAAUAAAGCUUUUCCGUGAUGAGUACAAUAAAAACACACAAUUUAAGGAAGAGGUAAAUGAAUUUGCAAAUAAAGCAUUAGGUGCUCAGGUAAUGCCUGAUUUAUGGUCUGUAAGUAACAAUAAUAUUAUGGGCACAGCAAAGUUACUAGAUGGCAGAAUUCAAAAAGGGACUAUUUUUGCCCCAAAUGGCGAAAUAUGGAGUUGGAAACAUGAACCAACUACACCAGAACAUAGUGGCACUAUUUGUUCCACAAAAAUAAAUCCUCAGUAUUCUACCACCACAAAACCAAUGAAUCAAGUGGAGCCACAACAAACAGCUCCUUUGAGAGAAUAUCGGAGGAAUCAUUCUGAAGAAGAUCUUCCCCCUCCACCUUUGCCAAAUUACAAUACAUAUCCUGGUGGUAUGUCUGUACCCCAACAAAUUAACGAUUGGAAUAGUCCUACUGAUAAUAUUCAACUUGAUCAUAGUGGAAAUCCAGUACAGAUUAGCAGCUAUGCAGAGCAAUUAAAUCCAAUACUUACUCAAUUUGCUGAUAUAUCUCUAAAUCCUGAGGAAAUUGAGUUUAAUAGGAAAUUAUACAAUGAAGGUGUGCCAUGUCAACGUUGUGAGAAACCUAUGUUUGCUGGAGAAGUUGCUGUAAAAGCUGAGAGAGCUGGACAAGAGGCAAUCUGGCAUCCACAAUGUUUCACAUGUUGCAAGUGUGGAGAGCUUUUGGCUGAUCUUGUAUAUUUCUAUUAUAAAGGAGAAAUAUAUUGUGCCAGAGAUUUGGCUAAUGUUUUAGAAAUACCUCGUUGUGCUGGUUGUGAUGAAUUAAUAUUUACAAGACCAUAUACGGCAGCUGAAGGGAGAGCAUUUCACGUGCAACAUUUUUGUUGCUAUCAUUGUGAUGCACCACUUGGAGGGAAAAAAUAUGUACCAGAUGAUAAAACUGGACUACCUGUGUGCUUAUCCUGUUAUGAUCAAUUUUAUGCUGAACGCUGCAGGGCAUGUGGUGGUGUGAUAGGUCCUGAACAGCAAGGUGUAUCAUGGAGCAAUAUGCACUGGCAUGCAGAAUGUUUCAUCUGUUCAGGUCGUAUGUGUGGUAAAAGUUUACUUAGUGGCAGAUUUGUUGUUAAACAAGAAAUGCCUUUUUGUAGUGUACCUUGUGUACAAAGUAAAAUAAAAUAAAAAUUUAAAAAUGAAAAUGACAAAUAUAUCAAAUAAUUUAUAUUUUGUAAUCAUAUACAUAUAUGUUAUUAAGACAAAUUAGUAUUUUUAUAACAAUUUAUAAUGUUUAGAUAUAGGAGUUAUAGAUGUUAUAUACACCAUAAGUAUUUUUAAAUUUCUUUUAGAUAACAAAAUGUGUCAAAUGAUGAUAAUUAUUGAUUAAUUAAUUGAGAAGACUUAUGAUCAUUGGCAUUUACAAAUGACUGAUAAAGUUAUUGAGAUGAUCAUUCCUAAUUGUGGGGCCAAUAUUGACAUUUUUAUUUUUAAUAUUGAUAUUUAAAUUAUAGUCCUAUAUCUUUAUUGUCACUGAAAGAAAUAUUUAGUCAAAAGCUACACAAUGUUGUGUGCAUAUUUACAUUUUAUUAUAUAAUAAUGUUUGAUAAACUUUUGUUUAAGAAACUAAAGCAGAUUGUGCCAUUAAUGUUAAGAAUUUAUAAAUGUUUGACA